UCGUACGCGAUGCGAUACGCGGCGUGCUCGCAGCGAGGGUACUACCCAGAGGCGCUGAGCAAGGCGAACCAGGACGCGCACGUGAGCGAGGCGAGAUUUGGAGAUCGCGACGACGAGUGCGUCUUCGGCGUCUUCGACGGACACGGGGAGUUUGGAACGGAGUGCGCGAGGUUCGCGGCGAUGAGAGUGCCGAUGGAGAUGGCGAAGCGAGAGUUUGGGGACGCGAAAGGGUACGAGGAGGCGUUUCGAACGACGAACGAGGCGCUGCGAAGGAGCGAGGUGGACGAUUCGUUGAGCGGGACGACGGGGAUCAUCGCGCACGUGAAGGGGAGGGAUUUGUACGUGAUAAACGUGGGGGACUCGCGGGCGACGAUGGGGAUAGAGAAGGCGGACGAUAAGGGAGAGGUUGUGGUGGAGACGGUGGAUUUGAGUUCGGAUCAGACGCCGUUUCGCGCGGAUGAGUGCGAGCGGGUGAAGAAGGCGGGCGCGCGCGUGAUGACGCUCGAUCAGCUCGAGGGGUUCAAAGAUCCCACCGUGCAGUGUUGGGGGACGGAGCAAGACGACGAUGGCGAUCCCCCGCGACUGUGGGCGAAGAAUGGGAUGUAUCCUGGCACGGCGUUUACUCGUUCCAUAGGCGACGCCGUCGCCGAGCGCAUCGGCGUCGUCGCGACGCCGGAAAUCGAGCGCGUGCGCUUGAACAAAGACACGAAGGCGAUCGUGAUCGCUUCAGAUGGAGUUUUCGAAUUCAUUCCGUCCACAAGCGUGAUCAAAGCCGCGAUGGCGACGAGCGAUCCACAGCAGAGCGCAAUCGCGCUCGUGGUGGAAUCGUACAAGCUCUGGCUUCAAUACGAGACGCGCACGGACGACAUCACCGUCAUCGUCAUCUUGAUUGAAGACUUCCCGGACGAA